CACUCAUCGAUCGAGCUAGCAGUUGGUUAGCAGCUUAUUAGCACACGCGACCGAUUGUAUAAUACAAUGGCUCCGAUGAGGAAGAUGCAGGCGGUGUUCGCCCUGGCCAUGGUGUUCGCGGCGGCGGCGCUGGUGGCGUCGGCGGCGGCGGCGAUCACCUGCGGUCAGGUGGCGUCGUCGCUGGCGCCGUGCAUCCCGUACGCGACGGGGAACGCCAACGUGAUGCCCUCGGGUUGCUGCGGCGGCGUGCGCAGCCUCAACAACGCGGCGCGCACCAGCGCGGACCGGCAGGCGGCGUGCCGGUGCCUCAAGAGCCUCGCCGGCACCAUCAAGAAGCUCAACAUGGGCACCGUCGCCGGCAUCCCCGGCAAGUGCGGCGUCUCCGUGCCAUUCCGCAUCAGCAUGUCCACCGACUGCAACAAGGUCAGCUAAAUUGUACGUCAAUCCUACCUCAUGAUGAAGCUCCAUCAGAAACUAGCGAGCUAGCAAAAUAAAAUAAAGUUGUGGCAGCAGCAUCAGCAUCAUCGAUCAUCUUAUACAUAGUAACUGCCAUACUCUGUAUGCGUAUGUGCACAUGCACAUAUAUACUACUGAUCUACAUGGCUAGCUAUACGUGUGUACGUGUCGCAAAGUGCUGGAAGCUGGCUUCUCGGACGAUGUGCGCUCCAUCAUAUGAUCUAUAUGCACCUCUGUGUUGUUUGAACAAGGAAUAGUGCUACUAUUAAUCGUUUUGCUCUGUUGCUGUCGGUGGUGCGUGCUCUGAUUUAACAUCCAUAUAUCCUGGUGCAUCUUUCAUUAUAAUUGAUGGUUAAAGUAAAAAUAUUUUCAUAGCA